UUCGUCAUUCAUACAAAGUCAAUACUUCGAACUUUCCUUUGCUGUCAUAGAAAAAAAAUUAUAAUAAAUUAUUGACAAAACAAGUUAAACAACAAAAAAGAAAGCAAACCUAAAGUGAUUUUUCGGCGAAGCUAAACAAAUUAUUUCGUAUUGAGUUCUUUAUUUUGUAAUUGUAAAAAAUAACAAAAGAAAUUUGUAUUUUUUCCUCGUCUUAAAAACGUCAUUCAUUCAUUCAUUGUUCAUGCUGUGUCAUCAGUAAAGAAAAAAAUAUUGCUGUAAAAUUCGAAAAGUCGGAUAAAGAAAUUAGAAAAAAGAGAUUUUACAAAGAAAGCUGAAAUUUCGCCGUAAUUGUGGUGUUGAGUUACUGAUUAAUAACUUUGCGUGGGUUCGCCAUAUUUUUAAGUGUGAAAUACGUAUUCAAACAACAUAUUGUUAAGACCUGAGACUGCUGCCGCUGCUGCACCACACACAUUAAGUAUCUGUUCAUUUUCAUCAUUCCCAAAUUGUGAAGAUUUGUUGAGUGUUUGUAGUCCACUGCCGCCCUACCUCCCAAUUCCAGCCAGCCAGCUAGUUAGUCAGUUGAUCGAUCGUUCCAGCAUUGCAAAACACACAGCUGCUCAGGAGAAGAACAGCUUGUAAGUGACACCGCUAUACUAAUUUCUCACUCACCUCCCCAGUGCGUGUGUGUUUGGACGAUUGUCUCGUUACGUCGUUUACCGUCAUCAUCAUCAUUAUCGUUUGAAUGGUCGCUCGUCCAUUACUGUAUUCUUGCUCUUCUUAUUUUAUUUUGUUUUCUUCUUUUGCUGUUGCACAUUCCCCGUUGGAUUUGGUUGAUUGGGUUCAUCAGUCGGCCAGAAACAUUACAAAGUAAAAUAAAACUCCCGACCGACGAAAGUUCCACAAUCGAGUGUAACGCCCGUAUUUUUUUAGUUUUGUUUUCAUUAUAAUUUGUUGCCGUUUCUUGUUUGCUGCAUACAGCUUGCUUUUGGAGCACACUAAACAAACGCCAAUCAAUUACAGUUUAAAGCAACUUUUCUUAAAAGACAAAGAAAACAAAUAGUUUAAAAACAACCAAAGCUUUUCUCACACGAACAGCCUUUUUAAACAGAAACUAACAAAGGCUUAAAAAUGAGAAAACAUAAGGACGAUAUGCAAGUCAAUGUGGCAGGUCUAAGACGCAAUAUCAAAAAUUUAGCCCAUAAUUAUUCAGAUGCCCAGGUUAAAGUGCGCGAGGCCACAUCGAAUGACCCAUGGGGUCCUUCGGCCACCAUUAUGGCUGAGCUAGCCGAAUUAACAAACAAUGUGGUGGCAUUUUCGGAAAUCAUGCAAAUGAUCUGGAAACGUCUCAAUGACCAUGGCAAAAAUUGGCGUCAUGUCUACAAAGCUUUAAUUCUCUUGGAGUAUCUCAUCAAAACCGGCAAUGAGAAGGUAGCCCAACAAUGCAAAGAGAACAUUUUUGCCAUACAGACUUUACGGGAGUUUGUUUACCAUGAGGAGGGCAAAGACCAAGGCAAUCAUGUUCGUGAAAAAGCCAAACAAUUGGUUAAUCUCCUCAAAGAUGAUGAACGUCUAAAGAAUGAACGUAUUAAGGCGCUUAAGGCCAAGGAACGCUUUGCCCAAUAUCCCAGUGGAUUUGGUAGUGAUGGUUAUAUUGAUGGUCCUGUUGCACGUGAUAUGCCACCUGGUUGGCAAGAGGAGCCAACUAAACCCACCUCAGAAUUGGAAAUGGUACGUCCUCAAACUGCUGGCGAGGAAGAGUUGCAACUACAACUGGCCAUGGCCAUGUCACGCGAAGAAGCUGAGCAGGAGGAAGCAAAACGCCGCAGUGAUGAUGUCCGCCUGCAACUGGCUUUGAGUCAAAGUGAACAGGAUUUCAAAAAUGAAUUACAUUCUAGGCAAAACAAUCAACAUCCCCAGCUACAGCAACAACAACCUAAAAAACAAGAAGAACCUCAAUCACAUUUGCUGGAUCUUUUGGAUAUACAAUUGGGAGCUACUAGUAUUUCAAGUCCACCAUUGGGUUUAGCCGCUGGCGGUUUAACUACAACAACGGAUCCUUGGAUUACGCCGGCAAGGGCAGCCAGUCAAAUGUCCGAUCCCUGGACUGGCACAGCUUCGCCGCCAGUUGAUCCAUGGCAGCCAGCAUCUACAUCACGUUCCACACCUUUAAGUGCCGCUCAUAUGGGAGCUGUUGGUGGCAUAGGUGCAACUCUAGCCAUGAAUAGUAAUGGCACAAAUGGUGCCGAGGCAUGGGGAAUGCGAACACAAUCACCAUCUGUGACAUCGGGUUCGUCGACCGAAGGAUGGCUACAAACAAAUGGCAAUAGUCAUGCAGUUGCUGCAGCUGCCUCGGUCGAUCCCUGGCUUUCAUCGAAACCAACCGCAGCGGCAAAUGUUGCAUCAGUAGAUGCUUGGCUAACGGAGAGUAAUAAACCAACAGUGUCUGCAACACCACCCAAGACAUUGGUGAGCGAUGAUCCUUGGGCUCCUAAAACGAAUGAUGGCAGUGCUGAUCCUUGGAAGAGUAUAGAAAAUCCAACAGUUAAGCCAUCCCCUGAUUUAGAUGAAUUCGAUAUAAUUACACAUCGCAAUAAAACAAUGGCCGAUGAUCUUUUGACUGCAACGAAUUCACAAUCCAAUGCCAGCAAUAAUAAUGCUAAUCUCCUUGAUGAUUUGGAUCCUUUGUCUACAAAAAAUACAUCAACAGUUAAUGCAUCGACAGGAGCUACAUCGAAGAGACCUCUAAAAGAUCCCCAAUCAUUUUUGGGUGAAAAUUCAAGUUUGGUCAAUUUAGAUAAUUUAAUAAAGCCUGCAGUACCACAGAAUACCACAAAUGCCGCAGCUUAUAAUCCAUUUAGUGAUACUGUUAUACCACCAAAAACAAAUUUGUUCCAACAACAACAACCAGCAGUGCCGUCCAUAAAUCAGCUGAAACAACAAUCGUUCCAAAUGACUAUGCAACAAGAUCCAUGGGCACCAGCAAGUAAUAAUAUUACAGCGUCACAGUUCAAAACUGAUACUUUUAAUGACAAUACAAUUUUUACUAAUAGUUCAAAAUCGAAUGUGAACACAAACCAUUUCAAUUAUAACACUAACAGUAACGUCUUCAACAGCAUUCAUCCCAGUACAAUGAAAAAUUCGAAAAGUGAUUAUGAUGCCUUUAAGGUUGAUGCAAAUUCCAAUCAAAAUAUUGACAACUUUUUCAAUAGUUCCAUUAAUGAUUUGCGCAAUAUCACAUUAGGCAAUGACUCCUUUAUGGAUUCUUUGGAUUUGUUUAAGAAUUCCAAUAACACUUCAACUCACUUGUCGUAUCCUUCUCUAUAUCCGCAUGUUGAAAUAAUUAAUAUCAAUGACUUUUAUUCAUCGUUGAAGUCGUCACCUCCAUCAUCUCCCUCGCCAGCUUCCCCUGUGCCCCAUUCAUUUGCAUCAUAUUCUGUUCCUGCUGCUGCAGCACCCUUUUCAAUACAACCUGAUGUUUUAAAUGCCAACAAUCAAACUCAUUACAACCAAAACCAAAACAACAACAACAACUAUCAAUUCGGCAACAACAACUCCUAUUCAUACAACACGCCUUUAGGAUCUAAUUCGUUUGUUGGAACUUUAAAUCAAAACCCAAUAUCGGCAACAAUGCCACCACCACCAACAACAUCGUCGUCCACAUUCACCUCGAAUUAUAGUAAAAUUUUAUCAGCCACGUUGGCUUCUACACCUGGAGUUACCAUAACGCCUUUGAAUCUACAGCAACAGUCCAAUGCUGGCUCUAAUCUCUUUGGUUAUGGUUUCGAUGAUACCACUAAUGAUUUUAAUAGUUCCCAGUGUAAAUUGGAACCAUCAAUGGAAGCUUGGACGCUUAAAUAAAAAAUGGAAUAACAACAAUAUGCCUUGGCUAAAACCGGAAGCAGCAGCAUCGAAUCCAUUUUUGUCAUAAAUUCUAAGGAAGCCGAUACAACGUGAAGAUGGAAGCCGUGUUUUUUAUUACAUACGACAGGAUUUUUAUAUUUUUAACAUGGGGUGAAACAAAAGCAAAAAAAACUAAAUUUAAACGAAAUUUUUUAGAAGAUUCACUUUCAUACACCUACCUUACAUACAUAAACAUACACCAACACACACACACACACCUAAACAAAACACGCGUAAAUGCCUAUAUAAAUAAAUCAACAAAAUCAAAUUCAAUAAUAAUUAAAAAUACUAAUAUUUUUUAUGUAAAUGUAGCCUAGAAUGGAUGCAGAAAAAAACUAAUCGAUAGAACGCAAGGAAAGAAAAAUUGAGAAGAAAAAAAAAAAACAUAAAAAAACAAACAAAGAACAACAUAAAGAUAAAUUAUUAUUUUUUUAUUCGAUAAGUAUUAUAAUUGUAAUAAAUUAAAAAGAAAGCAAACAAACGAUACAAAGAAAAGCUUAAUUCAUUAAGUCGAAAACAAUAAAAAAAAGAAACAUACAUAUGUACAUAUGUGUGGUGUAUUUAAUUAA